CGAUCGUGAAAGGAAUGUCUUCCCGCAGAAACAAAGCCUCGAAACUUCCGCAUCAACGCCAUCAACGCAUCAACCAACAUCUUUUGGACAUGGCACUGGUACAUGUACAGUACGGUACAUCUGUACAUGUACGAUGUAUCGACUUGGUCCAUAUUACCAAUUGAUCCUUUGUUUCGUGAAAGUUCAUCUACGCUAGCUACUAGCUAGCUAGUUGUCCUAUCACCAUCAUCAUCAUCAUGUCUCCAAGCCAAAAAGCAAAAAGCAAAAAGCAAAAACUAGACACUGAUGCGCCAGUGUUACCGGUACUCAAUCAAAAGGAUGUGUGGAUUGACGGAAUCAUUCCCUUUGUUGGAAUGGGCCACUAUGCCUUCGUAGGAGCUGUCAACAAGAAGAUGAAUCACCUCUACAAGGAGUAUUGUGAUUCUGUGGAGGAUCCACCCAUGGUUGCUGAGGAUCCACCAAUGGUACAGAAUCAUCAGAAUGGUAAAAAAUGUCAAGCAACUAGCACAGUCACAACCUACAGUGCUGCUUUCUACAAUGAGUCCACUGCAGAAAUAUGGUUCGCUGACGAUUCCAACACCAAAGUUCCUUCUCGCCGUAAGGUGUGUGAAGCCAUUGCCAGGCUUGGAAACAAUGAUGUUCUUCAGUUGGCACAUGACAAAGGAUUUCCGUGGAAUGAAGAUACAUGUGCUGCAGCAGCCAAGGGUGGGCAUCUUAAUGUAUUGAAGUGGUUGCGUGAAAAUGGGUGUCCCUGGAAUGAAACAACCUGUGCUUUUGCCGCUAAAGGUGGGCAUUCGGAGUUGUUGAAAUGGGCCCUUGAAUAUGGCUGUCCAUGGGAUAGACUCACUUGUGCAUAUGCUGCAGGAAGUGGACAUUUUGCAUUGCUGAAGUGGGCACGUGCAAAUGGCUGCCCAUGGACUGAAGCGACUAGUGCAUCUGCUGCUGAAGGUGGACAUUUGGAAAUACUGAAAUGGGCCGUUGAACAUGGCUGUUCAGUGCGUCAUCCAUUAAUUUGUGCAAAUGCUGCCGAACAUGGUCAUUUGGAAACGUUAAAUGGGUGCGUGAAAAUGGCUGCCCAUGGAGGGCAAAUACGUGUACGAAGGCUGCUUAUGGUGGACAUUUGGAAAUACUGAAGUGGGCACGUGAAUACGGCUGUCGAUGGAAUGAAAAGACUGUCAGAUGAGCAAGAGAGGCCGGCCAUUUCCAUGUUGUGGAUUGGGCCCUUGCAAACGGAUGUCCUGAUGUUUAAAGGAGGUGGACGAUGGAGGUCAAAUUUCUUGUUGAUUUUCCUACUUCUGCUUGUAGUAAUGCAAUACAUACGAAUUGUUUGUUGGUUUCAUUAUGAUACGUAGACGACCUGGUACUGAAAUAUCAAAACUGGAGGCAACCUAUACCUGAUACCUUGAAAUUGCGCGACCGCUGCUUCUUCUCUCUGACUUUGCCUUUCGGUU